AUGUCUCCUUCCGCAAUAAACGGCACGAAUGGCACCGACAAGCCCGCCAACGAUGCCAACACCUUCUCGUACCCCGAGAUGGCGACGCCGUACCGCGUGUUGCAGCAGUACCACUCGAAGCCUGCCAAGCUGCGAGUGGCCUGCAUCGGUGCCGGUGCCUCUGGUAUCUGCCUUGCCUACAAGAUGGAGAAGCAGAUGGUGCCGGGCAGCUUCGAGCUGGUCCUGUACGAGAAGAAUGAGAUUCCCGGCGGCACCUGGGUUGAGAACACAUACCCCGGUGUUGCUUGCGAUAUCCCCGCUCACCUGUACACAUUCUCGUGGGAUCCCAAGCCAGACUGGUCCAACUACUACGCAUACGGCGGCGAGAUCCGCAAGUACUUUGACAGUUGCAUCGAGCGGUUUGGCACGCGCAAAUACAUCAAGGUCAAUACGCGCGUGGUCGAGGCGCGCUGGAACGAGGACCGCGGCAUCUGGGACAUUACGCUCGAGGACCCAAAGACGCACGAGACAUGGAAGGACUGGUCGCACGUGCUCGUCAACGGCACCGGCAUUCUCAACAACUGGGUGUGGCCCGACAUUGAGGGCCUGCACGACUUUGAGGGCCCCGUGAUGCACUCGGCGCACUGGGACCACAGCGUGUCGUUUGAGGGCAAGUCGGUCGGCGUCAUUGGCACGGGCUCGACGUCGGUGCAGAUCGUGCCGUCGCUGCAGCCGGUGGUCAAGGACAUGAAGGUGUUUAUGCGGUCGUCGACGUGGAUCAGCCCGCCGUUCGGCGCGGGCGUGCUCAGCGACGAGCUUCUGAGCAAGAGCAGCACGGGCGGCGACGACACCAAGCGCCAGUAUACAUUCAGCCAGGAGGAGAAGGACAAGUUCGCCAAGGACCCGGCGUACCACCUGCAGUUCCGCCGGCGCAUCGAGGCCGAGAUCAACUCGUUGUUCGGCAUGUACCAGCAGGGCUCGGCGAUGUCGGAGCACUUCCGCAAGGUCAUUACCGAGGAGAUGACGCGGCGCAUGGGCCCCGGCCACGAGAAGCUCAAGGAGUUUAUCAUUCCCAAGUGGGCGCCGGGCUGCCGCCGCAUCUCGCCCGGCGACGGCUACCUUGAGGCGCUCGUCAAGCCCAACGUCGAGCCCGUCUUCGGCCCGCUCAAGAGCGUCACCAAGGAGGGCAUCGUCACGGCGGACGGCCAGCUGCACAAGCUCGACGUCAUUGUGUGCGCCACGGGCUUCAAGGUGGCCUUCCGGCCGGCGUUCAAGCUCGUCAACGGCGCCGGCCAGACGCUCGACGAGGACUGGGGCGACAAGGUCAACCUGUAUCUGGGGGUGUCGGCGCCGCGCUUCCCCAACUACUACACGAUUGUGGGCCCCGGCGCGACGUGGUCGUCCGGCACGCUGCUGCCGUCGAUCGAGACGACGGUCGAGUACUCGAUCAAGAUGAUGAAGAAGAUCCAGCACGAGAACAUCCGGUCGAUUGACGUGCAGCAGGAGGCCGUGGACGACAUCUACGCGCACUUUGACGAGUUCCACAAGACGACCGUCUUCCAGGAGGCGUGCCGCAGCUGGUUCAAGGACGGCAAGGUCAAGAACCGCAUCUACCUGUGGCCGGGCUGCACCAUCCACUUCCUCAAGACGAUCAAGACGCCGCGUUUCGAGGACUACAACAUCCGCUACCGCUACGGCAACCGGUUCGCCUACCUGGGCAACGGCGAGGUCAAGGCCAACGUCACGGGCGACGUGAACGGUCUGGCGACAUACGUGCGCAACAACGACGACGAGUGGGAUGUGGAGUAG